UUUCUCGUCCAGGCCCAGGCAUGCCAGUCCCUGUAAAAGCAAAGCCUUGAACGGGAGCCUUCCUCCCUAACGGUAGGUAGAGUAUAGGAGGGCACAGUUUGGUAUUUUGUCCUGUAGGAGCCGUGAAACUUCAGCCCAGUUGUGGAGCAGGGAGGACCAGGCUCAGCAUCUGUCAGAGCUUUGACAAGAGUGACCUCGGUUUGAGAAUUUCUUCCACGCUCUGGAACCCCAGGAUUCUGUUCCAAUCCGAACAGGCAUUAGCUGAAAUUUUCCCACCAUAUUGUCAGUCAUUAAACUGGAGACAUCUAGAUCAUUAGAAGAUAUGAUAGGUUCCAGAUAGCGACGUUUAAGUUGGUUUUUUUUUUUUUUUCUUUUCUAACUCAAAAAGCCUCGUGCUGGAGCAGCCGUUUGAAGGAAGGAUGACAGCUCUCUAGAGGAACACGAUGUGACUGGAAGAGACCUGUCAUUAUGGAAACAGUACGGCACUCAGAACACACACUGAAAACAGCCCUCAUCUCCGAGAACCCAGCGCUCGUGUCACAGUAUGAGAAGUUAGAAGCUGGGGAAAGGCGUUUGCUGAACGAAGCCUUCAAGCCAGACCAUGAUCUCUUUGGGCCCAUUACGUUGCAUUCGCAAUCGGAUUGGAUCAUCUCCCACCCUGAGGCUCCCCAAGACUUUGAACAGUUUUUCAGUGACCCGUACAGAAAAGCACCAUCUCCGGAGAAACGCAGUAUUUAUAUACAGUGCAUUGGCUCUUUAGGAAAUACCAGAAUUAUCAGUGAAGAAUAUAUUAAAUGGCUCAAGGGUUACUGUGAAGCAUUUUUCUAUGGCCUAACAGUGAAACUUCUAGAACCGGUUCCUGUCUCCGCCACGAGGUGUUCCUUUAGAGUCAACGAGAACACAAAAAACCUACAAAUUCACGCAGGUGUGGGGAUAUUCAGCUUCGCCAGGUAUGACAGUGAUUUUUAUAGCUCACGCUAUGAAGGCAAAGUGAACAAGCUGCGGAAAGUAUCCUCCAGUGACUAUACAGUUUUUGAUAACUAUUAUAUUCCUCCAGUGACCAGCGUUCUCCUGCUUCGUUCCUGUAAGACUUUAACCCAUGAGAUUGGCCACAUAUUUGGACUUCGACAUUGCCAGUGGCUCGCGUGCCUCAUGCAGGGCUCCAACCACUUGGAGGAAGCCGACCGGCGCCCCCUCCACCUCUGCCCGAUCUGCCUCCGCAAGCUGCAGUGCGCCGUGGGCUUCAGCAUAAUCGAAAGAUACAAAGCGCUGGUCAGGUGGAUUGAUGGCGACUCGGACAGCCCCGGGGUCAGUACGACGCGCGGUCGUGAGGACAACGGGGACCUCCCCAAACCCGCGGAAGCCUUUAAGGAAUGGAAAGCGUGGAUACUAAAAUGCCUUGCUGUUGUCCAAAAAUAAGGACCCUCACAAAAGAGUAAUUGGAAUAAACAUUUGCAGAUUUUG